AUGAUCCGCUGCCCUUCAUGUUUAACAGGGUUUGAGGAGAACAACGCUGAAUCUGAUUCAGAUUCUUCAGGUGAUGAAACUCAAGCUGACGAUCCAGGAAGUCCUCAGUCUGAGAAGAAGGUUCUUCAUUGGAGACAGAGCAUCAAGCUGCUGAAGGAAAGUAGAGUCACUGAUGGAAAACCUGUAGGUGGAAAGAUUAUUCAGAAAUGUGCUCUGCGUACAUAUGAAACCAAAGAGAAGCAGGAGAAGAAGUUCUUCCAUCUGGCAGUCGCUGAUGAGACCGACUGCAUCAAAGUCAUGGUUUAUGGAGAAGAGCUAUUUAAUAAAGUAGAAGAGGGACAACUUUACCUUUUCACAGAUGUGGAAGUGGAUGUAGUGUAUGGUGAGAUGAUGAUGAAGGUGAUAAAGCACAGCAAAAUCUCAAUGACUAACGGCAUUAAAGUUCCCAAGACUCUGGAGCUGCAGAGUCCAUUUUUCCCCAUCAAGAAGAUCAAAUCCUUUCAGGAGGAAACAGCAGUGAGUGUAAAAGGAACUGUGAUUGAGAUUGAUGCAGGUCCUCAGAUUGAAUUCCAGAAAGAUGGCAUCAACGUAGAUACACGCGAGUUCAAACUUGAAGAUAAAACCGGUUCCAUCUGGAUCAAGCUGUGGCGCAAAGACCUCGAGCAGCUGAGAGGAAAAUCCGUGGGAGAUUUGGUCAGAGUGACCAACCUACGAACGAACCAUUACUGUGAGACGGUGUCUCUGAACUCCACCGACUUCACCAAAAUUCAUCAGGUGAAAGCUGCUGCUGUCCAGAAUGUCACCAUGCAGAUUGUUGGGAUCAUAGAAGCGGAAAAGGAGCAGUCUGAGAUUUACGUGCUGAUCAACCAAAAGACCAGAUCCUUCCUCAUUAAUUCUCCUCUCCUGGCUGAGGUUUUUGGUGUCAAACUGGAUGACGACUUCAAGUUCAGACUUUUGGAGAAAAUUCCGUUUUCAGCCAAAGGAAAAAUAAAACAAAACAAAAUCCAGGCUCUUAAAGCUGCGAAAGCCAAGAAAACUUAAUAGAACCAGAAAUUUUACAGCUGAAUGAGUUUUUUAAGUUAAAAUCCUAAAUGUGCUAAUGGUGGAGAAACAACUUACCAUUACAGUAAAACUUUAUCUGCCACCAUGCUAACUAUACUAGCUCUAGUGUAACAAAGACCAGGGCGGAACAACCAAUCAGAACCAGGAGGCUCUCUGAUUGGUUGCUUCUAGUUGGCACUGGGAGAAGGCAGAGGAGAUGGUGACAGUUUCAACAAAUACUUUAAAAAUUAUUUUUAUAAAAUUUACAUGCUGCUGCUUUAAGGUCAUAGCUGACAUUAAAAUAUUCACUUCAAGGAAGAAUUGAUUCAGUAGUUUCAAUUAUAAUGUUUAUGUCAACGUGGUAGGAGUUCAUCCUGCAAUCGGUAGGUUGUCAGUUCGAUUCCCACUCUGUCCUUCUCUGUUGAUGUCCAACAGACACGUCACCCGCCUCGCCUGCUGCUGCUGGUCAGAGGGUUCAACAGGGGGCGCCGAUUCAUGGCAACCUUUGUCAGACUACCUCAGGGCAGCUGUCGCUACUGUCCAGUAGCUCACCACCACCAGUGUGUGAAUGACUGAAUGUAGUGUAAAGUGCUUGAAGUCCUCUGGAUUUUAUACAAGAACAGGGAAUUUUCUCUUUUUGACAAGUUUGUUGUAUUUACAGUCGAUCUUAACUUUUCAUCUAAAUCAACUAUUAAAGGUCCUUCUAAGGAUGGCUGAUGUGAAUUAGCUAUGCUAAUUUGAUUGUCUCGAUGUGUUUCUUGAAUCUGUCUCUAUCAAAUAAACAGUACCAAAAAAA